UUGUGAUUCUGUGACUCUGUAUGACACCUCCAGCUCUUGGUGCCACCUUGUGUCUUCUCUCCCUUGUGGUGGUGUGACAGGCUUUCACUCACCCCUCAUGCUUUUCUUCCCCCUGUCCUCUGUCCCAGGUGCAGCUCCAGCCCCAGACAUGUCCUGCUACACCCCGUGCCGGCCCUGCCAGCCCUGCGGCCCGACCCCGCUGGCCAACAGCUGCAAUGAGCCCUGUGUCAGGCAGUGCCAGGACUCCAUCGUGACCAUCCAGCCCUCCCCCGUUGUGGUGACCCUGCCCGGGCCCAUCCUCAGCUCCUUCCCACAGAACACCGCCGUGGGAUCCUCCACCUCUGCUGCCGUUGGCAGCAUCCUCAGCUCUCAGGGAGUGCCCAUCAACUCCGGGGGCUUUGGCCUCUCUGGCCUUGGUGGUGGCUACUGUGGCAGGAGGUGCUUCCCCUGCUAAAGCUGCUGCCCAUGGCCCUGGGGAAGGCCCUCGAGGACUCACAAGAUGGUAUUUCACUGGUGGUGGAGCAUCAUCUUGCUGCUU